AUCCAUUCCUUCUUCUUCCUCCUCCUCCUCCUCCUUUAUUCUCUCUCCAGGGAAGGCAAGCUCGGCCAGACCUCCCUCUUCAAUAAGAACAAGUUGAAGAAAGAUGUCCACGUACCUGGUGUCCUGCUGCCUCCGGCCACCGUCAGCGGGGGCGGAGAUGCCCAAGGCGGCUUCCGCCGCCUCCUCCUCUUCAUUGGCCCCGCCGCCCGACACCAAGAGAGUCGGCCGAAGAGACUUUGUGCUCAGGAGCAGUGAGAUUGCCACGCUCGCCGCCAUCUUCCACUUCAGUGGCAGCAAACCAAGCUACCUUGGCGUUCAGAAGAGUCCUCCGUCCCUUGCUCUCUGCCCUGCAACCAAUAACUGUGUUUCCACAUCAGAGGAAAUAAGCGACUCAAAUCACUAUGCUCCCCCAUGGAACUACAAUCCCAAGGAUGGGCGGAGCGGUAAACCCAUAACCAAAGAGGAGGCCAUGAAAGAACUAAUUGAAGUCGUCACGAAGACAAAGCCGGACAACUUCACUCCUCGCAUAGUAGAGAAAAAAGAUGAUUAUAUCCGAGUUGAAUAUGAGAGUCCUAUAUUUGGGUUUGUAGAUGAUGUGGAGUUCUGGUUCCCUCCUGGCAACAAGACCAUGGUUCAGUAUCGGUCGGCGUCUCGAUCAGGAUUUAUCGAUUUCAAUGCCAACAAGAAGAGAGUAAAGGAGCUGAGAUUGGCUUUGGAAAAGAAGGGCUGGGCUUCAGAAAGCAACUUCUGAAUUGAAGUGAGAAGGGUGGAAGAGGUGCAGGUGCAUGCUACUCAGACGAGCCAGCACAACUGGGAACUGGGAUUGGGUACUGCCCACGCAAAGGCAAAAAAGUCUCUUUGUGAUGGUCCCUCGUUCUCAUUCAGGUCAGCGAUUACCUAGUUUGUGUACUAGGCAGCGUAAGCUAGCUGCUGGUGGGUGGUGGUGGCCAUCAUGAGGAUUCAGGAUGCAUGAUGAUCUUCCAUGGGUGGUGCCGGGGGCGCACUAAGGGAAAAAAAAAAGGAUAUUACAUGGACAGCAACCACCCUGGCUAGCUAAUACCAAGAAAUCAUUCAUAUACUCCUAGUCUCCUACCAAGAAAAAAGAUAUAUUUA